AUGGCCAAAUUCUCUUUCUUCUUUCUCCUCGCAGCGCUACUGGGUGUUGCUUUGGCUACUACCGUGCCAAACCCUGUGUAUCGAGCUGAUACUCGCAACCCUGACAAGAUCAAAGCUGCUGGAGGCUUCAAGAGCUUCGGCACCAACUCGGAGAUCACCCUCAUUGAGCACGCGUCGAAGCAGUACGCAAAGGGACAUAGGCAGGGGCAGGACCCGUGGAUCUCCACUUCAGCCUUGACUUCAGUCGGAGAAUCAAGCGUUGUAGACAAGCCCUGCUGGGUUUACACCAUCGACACGAGCAGUAUCGCAUCAAGCUUCACCGAGGUUGCAGCAGCGUAUAAGGCGGCAAACAAGCCGUAUACGCAUGCUAGUGAAGAGGAAUGGGCAGCAAAACUCCAGAUCCCUCUGUCAUCCAUCACCUCCUUCUACCAAUUGAAGAAGGACGGGACAAAAGGACCAUCCUACACUUGGACAACCUGGGAGGCAAAGGCGGCGAAGAAGACAUCGCGAGAUGAGAUUCCCGUGAUGAAGAAAGCGGGUACUCCAGGUGCUGCCGCAUUCCGAGCGUUGGCUCAGGACUAG